AUGGUUUGGGUGGAAAACGUCACGCCAGAAGUUGCUGCCGGGUCGCAGUUCCCGGCCAUCAUCUCCAUAUGCGUCGUCCUGUCUCUCCUGUCCAUUGGCACCGUCAGCUGUCGGCUCUGGAUCCGCGCCAAGGCUCGCGGCCUGGCGGGUGAUGACUACAUGGCCGCCUUGUCCAUGAUCUUUGCCCUCGCCUACUCCGUGCUCUGCAUAGCUCAGACCAAAUAUGGCUUGGGACUGCCAGUCAAGGAGAGACCAAAGGCCAGCCUCAUCGCCUACACGCGCGUCAACUUUGCCGGACGCCCCAUCUACCAGCUCGGGAUCUCCUUCUUCAAGAUCGCCCUCCUCAUCAGCUACUUGCGCCUCCUCAAGGGCACCGACCAGAAGACGUAUCGCAGGGUCGUGUGGGCCACCAUUGCCAUCGUCUUCCUCGCCCAUCUCGGCUGCACCCUGUCUCUCAUCUUCGCCUGCACGCCGGUGGACAAGUCUUGGAACCCGCUCCUCAAGGGCUCGUGCCUGCCCGCCGGGUCUUCCUUUACCGGCUACGCCAUUGUGACGAUUGUUUCCGACAUUGUCGUCGCUCUGCUCCCCAUUCCUGUGCUGCUCAAGCUCAAUGUCCGCCUCGAGAAGAAGCUCGGUUUGAUCGGCAUCUUCAUGUUGGGCAUGUUCACCACCGUCUGCUCCAUUCUGCGCUACGUGCAGAUCAACCGCAUUCAAUUUGGCGAUGGCAACUCGACCAUGCUGGUGCUCUGGGGUACCAUUGAGUUUAACGUCGGUAACAUGGUCUCAUCGCUGCCCUUCCUGGCACCAGUCUGCAUGAAGAAGGCGCGUGACUACCGCUCCAAAUACUCUGGAAGCAACGGCGGCUCCUCUCAGGGCAACAGCCGGAGUCGCGGCCGAAGGAAUGUCGAGCACUACAAGCUCAGCGACGUCAGCAACGACAAGAGCGCCUUCAGGCCGUCGACCAAGUCCAGGUCGCCCAGCGAGGAGCGCAUUCUGCAAAACAGCAACAACUCCAUUGUCAAAUCCGUCACAUACACGGUCCAGGUAGACGAAGACGCUUCCGACGGCAGCACGCAUCGCCGUCGCCAGGACCAGGGCUCGAAUGUCUGA